GUAUGUGUGCGUGUGUGUUCGUGUGUAUGUAUGUAUGUGUGUGUGUGUGUGUAUUCAUAUCCUGUCUCUUCGUUCCUGACCCUGGGGAGUAGGCUAUUUGUUUCGCUCAACAACAACAAAGGAAGAGCACACAAGUAGCAAAAGAGCUAGAAAAGUACUGCUGGUUUAUUGAUUAUUAGUUAGAGGAAACCGGAUUAGUUAGUGUAUCAUUUUUGAUUUUUCCGUUUUGACGUGUUUCCUCCGAUUAGUCGUUGCAGUAUUUCUAGCAGUAUAUUUAUUAUUCGGUGUCCGCAAGUAUAUUUCUCCACCCAAAAAGGCCGCAACGGGUCCAGUCCUCUCAUGGAGCCGCACAAUACCUCCACAAUGAUGGGCGGACUCAACCACAUGGGGCCCAACAGCUCCAGCGCACAGUUCCUGCCCAAGAUUAGCUCCAGCCUCGAAACAAUUCGCCUCACCUACGGCGCCUUGCUGCGACUCUGUCUACACUCGACCGCCUACUAUGGCAGCCGGGGCUUUCUGGAGGAGCGGGUCUUUGGCCGAAAAGGCGCCAUGGCGGUCUCGGAACGGGAAGCCAUGCGCUACGUGCUCUCGAUGAGCGCCGAGAUCGGCGUGUCGGUGCUCAUCAUGCCUGUGCGCUACCUCGCCGCCUCGACGACGCCGCGAUUUAUGCUAGACUACAUGUUCACGCGCUGGUCCGACCUCCUGGCGGUGGUGGACCGCUUCAGCCCCGGUGCGUACGCCAGCUACGCCCUCUACGCCUUCGCCAGCUCGGGCGCGGAGUGGAACUUCGACUUCUUCACGUGGCAGGUGCCGUCCGUGAUUUUAACCCUAGGAAAGCUCUUUCUGCGUCGCCGUCGCACCGGUGCGGCGCGGUGUCGCACUAAACGCGUUAUGGGUGUUUUGCUCGCACAGAUUCUCCUGCGUGCGUACAUGUCGACCUUCUCCGUGAUGAUCCCCGAGCAAGGCUCGGAGGCGAUUGAGGCGAUGGUCGUCACAGUGCUGGAAGGGAUGGCGACUUCGUACCUUGGCCGCCACACGUGGCCGUUUCCGUGGGAGGAGCUGAAGCCAUCGUCCAGUUCCAACACGACGGACUCUUCUACGGCGAUGGCGUCGGAAGUGACGGAUACACCGCCACGCGUCGCGAGCGGGAGUGGCUCUCAAAAAAGCGACGAGCUGGAUUAG